GUGACUCCGACUGUCGAAGAUAACCUCUGCGAACCUGCUUUUCUGCACUCUGAUCUGCUGUCGACUUGUUGACUCGACUGCCCUCUGUUCGUGGCCAUUCAUUCCAAUCGUGUUCUGGAACGACCAUUGGAACGCGAUUUUGUAGGUAGGUUGGUGGCACUGGCACCAUCAUCGACUACUGUGUUCUCAGUUUAACGUUUCACCUUGGCCUAUGACUAGCUCGCCGGCUGCUGUGCUUAGCAAGAAAGGGGUGCCAGCACUUCCGCUAGCCACCCCCGACAGUAGCAGCCAGUCGAGUUGUUGAGCUGGGGCUGUGCUCAGUUUGGGAUUCCAUGGUCUGUUGUUGAUCUUCUGUGUACGUUCCAUCGAUCGGUGUCGAUUCUCCAAUACUAGCUGGCAACACAGGUGCACAAGAAAUCACUGAGUCUAUGCUCUGUAGAACUAUCAGCUCACGAAGCGCAGUGUAUUAUUAUUUUUAUUUUUUGAAGGACUGCUCCAAAGUCUGGAAGUGAAAGACGUACAACGACGUGCACUGGAAACUGCUCGCAUCGCGUGCGCACAGCAGGUCUUCCGCCGAUUUGCUCGCUGCCUGGCCCUACCCUAGCCCUCUCGAGAUCUCCACUGACUGUGAUCCCUAACACACGAGCCGACUCGAGGGUUGUUGUUCAACAAGAAUCAAGCCGUGUGUCGAUCUAGCGCUGUUGUCGUCUUGGCCUGACGCAUCACUGAGGCAGCUCUGGAGUCCCCUUUGAAAGCGGCAAUGAGCGUCGACGUUUCUGAUGCAGUAGCCUAUGGCGAAGCGAAUGAGAGCUGCCGUCACAGCAUGGACUCGCUAACAGGCAGUGCCUCGUUCGUCAAAGGUCAUCACCGCACAACAUCGUCAGCCAGCGGGGGUUAUCUCGCUCCUCCUGCUGAGGCCGGUCAAGAAGGUUUGGUGCCAACAGCUAAUGCCCAGGCCAGCAGGAAAAUGGCAGGUGACACGUCGCUGAUUGAGAACUACGAAUUCCAGGGAAUGUACCAUAUAUUUGAUCACCAUCGAGGUGCAGUGACCGCUCUGAAGUUUGGUCAUGACGAUCGCACGAGGCUAGCCAUAAGCUCGACUGACGGCACGCUAACGAUAUGUCGCCUGGAGCCUAUUCCAGCGUCGGUUGAACACACUCUGUUGGGUCACACCAAGGGUGUUACAGAUUUUGACUGGUCUCAGUCGAACGACUUCAUUAUCUCUUCGUCUCUAGAUUGCACUGUUCGGUUAUGGAACACGGAGAGCGGUUCUUGCUUGCGUAGCAUAUCACUAGGUGCCGAGGUCUACUGCUGUCGCUUCCAGCCCAGUAACAACAACAUGUUUGUGUGCGGCACGGCAAAAUGCCAGCUGCAUGUCUUCAAUGUUUCCACUGGCAAGUCGUACAAGGGCAGUGGUGGAAAGACGAAUGGUCCCGUGUCUUGUGUGUCGUUUGAUCGCAAUGGUGAGGUGGUGUGGGCUGGCGAUGCAAAGGGAUUCUUAUACUGCUUCUGUUUCCACAUUGCAACGGGCAGAAUGCAGAAAACCAAGAGGACAUUGGUGUCGCUUGGCAAUCAGAUCACCUCCAUUUCAUCACGUAGCUGGAUGAGUCGUGAAGCAAGGGAUCCCUCACUGCUUGUCAAUAGUAUGCAGAAUGGCCUGCUUCUCUUCAGAAUAAACCCGGAUGACUCGCUGGUGUUGAAAAGACAGUUCUCAAUUAAGCACAGCAAGGAAACUAUCCGCAGUAUCUUCUGUCCACUGAUGUCAUUCAGACAAGGAGCCUGUGUCGUAAGCGGCAGUGAAGAUCUUAGUGUGUACUUCUACAAUGUGGAUGAGGUGCAAAAGCCCAUGGUCAACAAACUCCAAGGUCACUCCGCUGCAGUCAUUGCUGUCUCAUUCAACUACAACGAGUCCUUACUGGCGUCUGGUGAUUCUUCGGGUACUGUAAUUGUUUGGAAUCGGCAAGAAUAGUCACUUGGCUGCUGUGACUCACACUACAUGCCAUUGCAGUCUGGCACAGAAACACGACUGUAAGCUCUAAACCGGCUCUCUUCUGCCUCCAAGCAUGGGUAUACGUGAUAGGCAGCACUAGUUGCUUGCAAUCCACAGUUUUGCAGUGCAAGUAAAGUAGUUGUUUUCACUACUCAUCUACUGUCUGUCCUAUUUACUCACCUCCUCCUGUCCUAUCGUUGAAAAGUACUUUUGGUCUUAUCUGCAGCCUAAACAAAUUGUUUAGAACAUUUAGAUUUCUCCAAACUCCUUAGUAGUAUUAGUAGUAACGUGGACUGCCAUGAUGUUGCUGCUGACAGUGCGUGCAGGCUUGGAAUACUGUGCUUCGCCUCGCUUUCCUUGUGAAGCGUGUGUUCUUGUCUAGUGCAUCAUCUUGAAUUUAUACCUACUGUCCGCCAUAUCUCCUAUGUACUCCUUAUCGCCCUGGUCAAAUAUUUUCUACAUGAUGAUGAUAUCUAAGUACUGUAUUCAUUUUGUGUGGUGUAAUCACACAACGUUUCACUGUUUGCUGCUGUCCUUUCGGAACUGUAUCUCGUGAACAACCUUUUCUUUAGCUCGUCCAGUGCUUUCAUACCCGUGUAUGUGUACAAUUUGUUUGUUUGCCAAACGAAAAGUAAGUCAUCACUCCCAUUGUUUGUAAGUGUAUCCAUAGCCACAGGAAUCAUGUCACCUGUACCCCUUGUCUUUCUCUCUCUCUAUUCUGAUUCUAUUGUUUAGAGCUCUUCAUUAUUUUUUUAGUAGUAUAGUUGCAGUACUGAAUUUGCGCAUAUUGUGAGCGUAUCAUUUUCUAUUGUGAAGUAGUUUUUCUUCUCUGAUGUACAUUUCCCUAUGACUGGUUACUCUCACUGUCCCUUCCCCCUGUUGUAUAGAUACUGUACUCAGCCCCCCACUUGUACAUAUUAUUAUGACGUGUUACUAUUUCUGUUGGCCGGCCAUUUUUUCAAUAUCACACUCCAAUUGGAGAAUAAGA